CUCGGGCCCACGAUUGGUCCGCUGGUCCGUGACCCCGCUUCCUCCCCCUCGAGACGACUACGGCAGCCCCGAGGAGGGGGAGGGGGACGGAGGGACGGCCGGUCCCGUCAGUCAGGCCGCGGGAGCCGCCGGGAGCGGAUGGCGGCGGCGGUAGCGGCCCCACUCGCCGCCGGUGGUGAGGAGGCGACGGCCACGAUCUCCGUGCCAGGGUCUCCUGGUCUGCCCGGGAGCCGCAGUGCAGAGCGGGCCCUAGAGGAGGCCGUGGCCACCGGGACCCUGAACCUGUCUAACCGGCGCUUGAAGCACUUCCCCCGGGGCGCGGCCCGCAGCUACGACCUGUCCGACAUCACCCAGGCUGACCUGUCCCGGAACCGGUUUCCCGAGGUGCCGGAGGCAGCGUGCCAGCUAGUGUCCCUGGAGGGCCUGAGCCUCUACCACAACUGCCUGAGAUGCCUGAACCCGGCCUUGGGGAAUCUCACAGCCCUCACCUACCUCAACCUCAGCCGAAACCAGCUGUCCUCGCUGCCGCCUUAUAUCUGCCAGCUGCCCCUGCGGGUGCUCAUUGUCAGCAACAACAAGCUGGGGGCCCUGCCUCCUGACGUGGGCGCCCUGGGGAGCCUGCGACAGCUCGACGUGAGCAGCAACGAGCUGCAGUCCCUCCCCGUGGAACUGUGUGGCCUCUCUUCCCUGCGGGAUCUCAACGUUCGGAGGAACCAGCUCAGCACCCUGCCCGAUGAGCUGGGGGACCUUCCUCUUGUCCGCCUGGACUUCUCCUGUAACCGUGUCUCCCGCAUCCCGGUCUCCUUCUGCCGUCUCAGGCACCUGCAGGUCAUUCUGCUGGAUAGCAACCCCCUGCAAAGCCCACCAGCCCAGAUCUGCUUGAAGGGCAAACUUCACAUCUUUAAGUACCUCUCAACAGAGGCCGGGCGGCGUGUGGCUGCCCUGGGGGACUUGGCCCCUUCCCGUCCCCCGAGUUUCAGUCCCUGCCCUGCGGAAGAUUUGUUUCCGGGACGCCGGUACGAUGGUGGGCUGGACUCAGGCUUCCACAGUGUCGACAGUGGCAGCAAGAGGUGGUCUGGAAAUGAGUCGACAGAUGAAUUUUCGGAGCUGUCUUUCCGGAUCUCAGAACUGGCGCGGGAGCCUCGGGGGCCCAGAGAACGCAGGGAGGAUGGUUCUGCCGAUGCAGACCCUGAGCAGAUGGACUUCAUUGACAGCCAUGUCCCUGGGGAGGACGAAGAGCGAGGCUCUGCUGAGGAGCAGCGGCCGCCUGAAUUCAGCCCUGUGGCAGGGGACGGGGAGAGGGUGCCCAGCAGCAGGCGAGAGGAGCCGGCCGGAGAGGAGCGGCGGCGCCCAGACACCUUGCAGCUGUGGCAGGAGCGGGAGCGGAGGCAGCAGCAGCAGCAGCAGGGCGGGCUGUGGGGGGCCCCCCGGAAGGACAGUUUCCUGAAGCCAGGGACCAGGGCUGCCGGCGGAGCUGCUGUUGCCUCGUCCACGCAGGCCACCUUCAAUGGCCCACCCAAGUCCAAUGCCACACAACUGGGAGCUUCAGGGGGGCAGGGAGCCCCUGCCCCUGCCCCUACCUCCCAGGAGCCCCUCCCUGCAGCUGGACCAGUGACAGCACCUGCUCCCCGGCCACUCGGCUCCAUUCAGAGACCAAACAGCUUUCUUUUCCGUUCCUCCUCCCAGAGUGGCUCAGGCCCCUCCUCACCGGACUCUGUCUUGAGACCUCGGUCAGCCCCCCAGGUUCCAGAUGAGAAGGAGCUCAUGGGUCAGCUGCGCCAGGUCCUUGAGUCUCGGCUGCAGCGGCCCCUGCCUGAGGACCUGGCCGAGGCUCUGGGCAGCGGGGUCAUCCUCUGCCAGCUGGCCAACCAGCUGCGGCCCCGCUCUGUGCCCUUCAUCCACGUGCCCUCGCCUGCUGUGCCAAAACUCAGUGCCCUCAAGUCUCGGAAGAAUGUGGAGAGCUUCUUAGAAGCCUGUCGGAAAAUGGGGGUGCCUGAGGCUGACCUGUGCUCGCCCUCGGAUCUCCUCCAGGGCACCGCCCAGGGGCUGCGGACCACACUGGAGGCCGUGAAGCGGUUGGGGGGCAAGGCCCCGCCACCCCUCUGGCCCCCCUCUGGUCUGGGCGGCUUCGUCUUCUUCUACAUGGCCCUCAUGCUGCUGCUCUAUGUCGUCUACACUCGGUUCCUGGGCUCCUAGGACCGGAAGUCACCCCUCCCCGUGCCCGCCCUCUUUCUAUUUAUGAGACUCCUGCUCCUCCUGGCUCCCCACCAGCGGUGCCUUCAGCCCCUACCAAAGACACUAGUGUACCCCUUCACAAACACUGACCUCAGAGGCCCCACUCUGGUACCCCCAGACCCUGGGCCCCCCGCCUCUGGCCCCACUCCUGUAGCCCCCCUCACCCUCAGAGCUGAUGGUGCCUUCGUGCCCUCUCCUGCGGCUGCCUCUGGUCCUCCCCCGGGGUGGGGGGCAGGAGCUUGGAUCUUUUCCUCGUCUUGCACCCUCCCUUCCUCCCCCCACUGGCUGCUAUGGGGGCUAAAUUAUCUCUAUUUUGUAGAGAGAGCUCUAUAUUUGUAGGGGAUGAGGGGGCCCCGCGGGUCCCUGUCUCUUUGUAUAAACUGUACAGACCGUG